AUGGAGCCCAUGUCGCUGCAGGAUUUCGCGCGCGCGCUGAACCCCGCCUCCCUCCCGCGCGUGCUGCGGGUCUGCUCCGGGGUCUACUUCCAGGGCUCCAUCUACGAGAUCUCUGGGAAUGAGUGCUGCCUCUCCACGGGGGACCUGAUCAAGGUCACCCAGAUUUGCGUCAAGAAUGUGGUCUGCAAGAACCCAGGGACGGGUCAGACCAUAGAGCUCGCCCUCAACUUCCAGGGCCUCUUCACCCCCAUUGCCGGCCCUCACAGCUACGAAACCCUGGAGGAGCUGGUUUCUGCCACCACCAAGAGCUCCAUGCAGCUGCCCAUUGACUUCAUGUCAACUCGCAGCAUCACCACAGAGGCCAGGGUGGUGCCUGGGGACCAGCCGCUCACGCUCGAUGCCAUAGAAAUGCAAUCCGGGGUCUGCUAUGCCCGCUGUGUGCUGACCACGCAGACACCCUGGGUCGUGGUGCACCUGCCCCUGUCCCAGAGGGGGCCGUUCUGGAAAUGGGAUCCUGGCACCCCUCGGACUCUGCUCGAGGCCCUGCAGGACCCGGCCCUGAGUAACCGCCUUCUCACCUGCCCAGUCCUCCCCUGGCGCUCCGUGACCCUGACGCCCCAAUAUGAGAUCCACGCCAUCAUGCACAUGCGCAGGACCUUGGUCAAGAUCCCCUCCACCCUGGAGGUUGAUGUGGAGGAUGUCACCGCUUCCUCUCAGCACAUCCACUUCAUUAAACCUCUGAUGCUGAGUGAGAUCCUGGCCCAGGGAGGCCCCUUUCCUCUGUCUAUGGAGAUCCUGGAAGUCCCUGAAGGGCCCCCCAUCUUCCUCAGCCCGUGGGUGAGCUCCUUGCAGAAAGGCCAGCGAAUGUGCAUCCACGGGCUGGCCUUACCACCCUGGCGGAUCCUGGCCUCCACCAAGGGCAAGAAGGUGCCCAGACACUUCAUGGUCUCCGGGGCCUACCAGGGCAAGAUGCGGCGGCGGCCGCGUGAUUUCCCCACGGCCUAUGACCUGCUGGGUGCUCUCCAGCCAGGCAGGAAGCUCCGGGUGGUGGCCACCAAGGACUGUGAGGGCGAGGGGAUGGACACCCCUGAGUUUGCAUCCCUGGCUAUGGGUGACAGGCUGGAGGUGUUGGGGUCUGGCCAGGCCCACGGGGCGCACGGCAGGGACAUAGACGUCUUGGUGUGUCAGCGGCUCAGUGACCAGGAUGAGGAGGACGAGUCUGAGGAGGAGGUGGAGGACCAAGAACGGAUUCUGCUGCCGCUCUAUUUCUCCGGCUGCUUCGUGGAGGAGAUGAAUGAUGGCCGGCGCUACAGCCUGGCGGACCUGACUGCCCAGUUCUCACUGCCUUGUGAGGUCAAGGUGGUGACCAAGGACGCCAGCUACCCCGCUGACCCUCUACCCUCCUUCCUGGGCCUGCGGCUGGAGGAGAAGCUCACAGAACCGUUCUUAGUGGUCAGUCUGGACUCUGAGCCUGGGGUGUCUUUUGAGAUCCCGCCGCAGUGGCUGGACCUGACCGUGGUGGAGGCUGAGGAGCUGCCGGGCCAGCUGGCUGGGUCUGUCCCCACGGCCACAGUACAGGAGGUGACCGAUGCCUUCUACUAUCGCCUUCGGAAGUUACCUGCCCUCAAGAGCCAGGUGCCUCCGCCCAGGCCCCCGAAGAGUAAGGGCCUCAUGGAACAGAAGAAAGAGACCAGCAAGGAGGGAGGCUUCAAGGUACCAUGUGACUGA